GUUUUUAUAUGGUGAUAAGGGCCUCAAUUAUAGAGCUCUUGAUGUUUUAAGCUAAAAAGGGGUGCCCUAGGUUGGUACGCUUCUGAAUUAAGGCUCUUCGGCCUUCAGUUUCAGGCUCACCCUAAGCAUCUCUCUGUGGGUCUCUCUCUUUCUCUCUGGAAACAAUGUCUCCUGUACCAAGUCCGCAUCAAUCACACCAUCUAGGCCAUGGCUCAAGGAAAGAGAAGCGAAUGAGGAAGGUGGAUACCUUUGCGCCGCACAACGACGGCCACCAGUGGAGGAAGUACGGCGAGAAGAAGAUAAACAACUGCAAUUUUCCCAGGUACUACUACAGAUGCACCUAUAAAGAUAACAUGAAUUGCCCGGCGACGAAGCAGAUUCAGCAGAAAGACUAUAGUGAUCCACCAUUGUACUCAGUCACCUACUACAAUGAGCAUACAUGUAAUAGUGCCUUUCUUCCUCUUAGCCCCUCGGAGUUCCAGUUGCAGACCGCAUCUGGCAAGGCAGUCUCCAUCUGCUUUGAAUCAUCUGGGGCACAAGAACCAAUUACCAAUGCCAGCUCACCUUCUUCAAGUGCAGCACGGCGCAGCACAACUUCAGAGAACAAGAAUCAGCCUCUUCCACGGCAUUCAGAAGCCUAUUCUUGGGGAGUUGGUGUUGUAGAACAAAAGCCGGCCUGCACUGAGCUCCAAUCUUGCAGCACUGAAUGUCAGGAUGGAUUUUCAGCUGGUACAAUUCCUGAAGAGACAGUAGAUGCAGGCAGAUUUGGUUCUAUCAGAUUCUUCCAUUUUUUGUAAAUGAAUUAAUGGAAGACAGUUUAUUUUACUUCAAACAGCUAAUAUGAUACAAAUGUUUUUUCCUCUACACCCUCAAAGAGUAUGAGAGGUUCUCCAUGCAUGUCACCAUGAUUUUCUUAGUUCAAUUGAAAUACCAGUGCUAAUUUACAUUCCA